AUGUCUACAGAGAGUACAACGGAAUUGAAGCAAAUAUUGUCAGAGAACGCUACCACAGAUGCUGACUUACGCAAGCAAGAAGCAGCUCUAGUUAAACUCGGUGAAAUAUACAGGGAUCAACAAAAUGCAGCUGAACUAACCAACGUAAUCAAAUCAUCGAGAUCAUUCAUGUCAUCAACAGCUAAAGCGAAAACAGCAAAACUUAUACGCACUCUUAUUGACCACUUUGAUCAUAUAAAGGAUUCCAGAGACGCACAGAUGGAUUGCUUGAUCGACAACAUCAAUUGGGCGAAAUCUGACAAGAGAGUUUUCCUUAGACAAUCAUUGGAAAUCAGACUAGCAGGUAUCUACUACGCUUCUAAGGAUUACAAAGCUGCCCUCAGUCUCCUCGACGGUUUACUCAAGGAACUCAAAAGGUUAGACGAUAAGAUCAUCCUCACAGAAGUUCACAUCCUAGAAUCUAAGAUCUAUUACUCAACCUCAAACAUUGUCAAGUCUAAGGCUGCACUCACAUCUGCUAGAACUGCAGCUAACGCUAUAUACUGUCCACCUCUCUUACAGGCUCAGUUGGACCUUCAAGCGGGUAUUCUUCAUGCGAAUGACAGGGACUGGAAGACUGCUUUCUCAUACUUCUUCGAGACGCUCGAAGGUUUCUCUUCCCAGGAUGAUCCAAGAGCUGUAUCCGCACUCAAGUAUAUGCUCUUAUGUAAAAUUAUGCUCAAUUUGUCAGAAGAUGUAGAUGCAAUCAUACAAAAUAAGAUGGCUCAACGCUACGCAGGUACCAAUUUGGACGCUAUGAAAGCCAUAGCACAAGCACACAAGAACAGAUCAUUGAUAGAGUUUGAAAAAGCUUUGAGGGAUUACAAGCAAGAACUUUCAGCAGAUCAGAUAAUAAAAUCACACUUGAGCAGUCUCUACGAUACAUUAUUGGAAAGUAAUCUUCUCAAGAUAAUUGAACCAUACUCUAAAGUUGAAAUUGACCAUAUCGCAAACUUACUCUCACAACCAAUAAACGCAAUAGAGCAAAAACUCUCACAAAUGAUUUUAGACAAGGUAUUCUAUGGUAUUAUCGAUCAAGGUAACAACUGCCUCAUUGUCUUCGAUCCACCACAAGAAGAUCACCUCUAUGAUACUACUUUAGAUACUCUUAAGAAUGUAACACAGGUAGUUAGCGGUCUCUUUGAGAAGACUGCUGCUUUGCAAUCUGUGUAA